AUGUAUCACACUCUCAAGUUCACCUACCUCGCAGUCCUUGCGGCUCAGAUUGGAGUUUCGCUCUCUCAUCCUUCCCUCGAACAUAUCGAAAGGCUCUUUGUCCCCCUCACUAUGGGCGUUGCUAGUAACUGGGGCGCAAUUGCACAUACGACUUUGACCAGCACUGGAGCCACCUUGAUUACUGGAAAUUGCGGAACCUGCCCUGGCACAGCAAUCACUGGAUUCCCUCCCGGAAAAUGCACAGGCACCAAAUCUGCUGGUGGAACAGCUGCUUGCUCGGCAGAAGCUGCCUGUCUCUCAGCUUACAACAAGGCACGGGCUGCUAGCCCAACUGUUGCUCUCCCUGCAGCUGAUCUGGGAGGCUUGACUCUCCCUCCAGGCGUCUACACGUUCCCCACAGCCGCAGGGUCGCUGACAGGUAACGUCACUUUGAAUGGAGCAAAGAAUGCCAAUGGACAGUUCAUUUUUCUCCUGUCGACGACCUUUGAGGCCGCUGCUGCUUCGAAGAUACUGUUGAUUAAUGGAGCAAAGGCUUGCAACGUCUACAUCAUUGUUGGGUCCUCAGCAACAAUUGGGGCUGCCAGUGCGCUGCAAGCAAAUAUACUUGCAUACACAUCUGUGUCAGUUGCGAAUGGCGCGUCUAACAAGGGCGUCUUGUGUGCGCUGAAUGGGGCGGUCACUCUGAUCAAUGAUGCUCUCACUACUCAGGCCAAGUGUUAG